AUGAAGAUGCACCUGAAUGGGAGGGGUGAUAAAGAAAGAAAUCUCGAGACCACCAAUGAGACUUUGAAAAGGAAGGUAGAAAGCUUGGAGAACACUCGCAGUCAACAGAGGAUCACAAUCAAUGAACAGCAUGAGGCCAAUGUCGCUCUCGGGGAAAGGGUAAACCAGUUAGAAGAGAUGGGCCAGCGACUGGAAUUGGCUGUAAAUAGAUAUUAUCAAGAGAUUGAAAGGCUUCAACAGAAGGUCAACCAGUUAAUCGAGAAAAAGGAGGAGCUCCAGGCAGAAGGGCAUGGGUGGCAAAAUAUGGCACAAGCGGCAGAGAACAAUUACCUCAAUGAGACUGCCAAAGUAAAUUGCCUCAAGGGGUUAGUCACCGAUGCAACAAGAAGGGCACAUGGGCUAUCAGUUCAAAUUGAAGAAGUAAGGCAACAAGUUUCUCAAUCGGAAAACCCGGAUCACAACCUCCAAACUUCCCUCGAGAAGAUCCAGCAAGAGCUUAUGUACUAUAGCCAAUUCCACUUUUAA